AUGCACGUCGCACCCAACCACGUGAUCCUGCCCCAACACUUGGCGCAGGCCAUGCACUAUACCAUGAAAGGCAUCAUCAUGUUUAACCCACCAAUCGCCGACGAGUUGUGGAAGGAUGCGUUUACGCGGUGGGCGUGGAAUUUGAUACCGCAGGGGGAGUUGAAGAGCGUGCCCAGCUUGGGGGAAGAAGAGAGGGUGGUUUGGGAAGGUUAUGUUAAGGAGAUGAGGAGAGGAUGA